AUGGCAGGAACAACAUUCUAUUUCGUCGAUGGCGCUCAAAACAACAGAGCUGCCAAGAAGCUGGCACGGAGCCAUGUCAUGAAGGGCAAGAAUGCUGGCAAAAAAUUCCACCGGCGAUCAAGGCUGCAACUCGUACCGCCAAGGGUCAAUGCAGGUGAACGUGCAAUCAUCCUGCGGCGGGAUCUGGACAAAUCGCAAAAAGAGUUCCACUACAGCGAUGAAGAAUACGCCAAGCUUAUGGCCAUUAUGGAAUAUCCUCAUUUUACCCGUAUCAUGAAUAGGUUAUAUCGCUUUAACCCAUGGCUUUCAAUGGAUGAGGUUAGGAGAAUGUGGCUCCCUCUCAUUUUCGCCAAUCAACCGGCUUACCAUUGCAACAUCGCCCUCAUGCAAACGUGCAACGAGAUUUACUCCGACAAUGGAAACAGCUCGCCCAAAGCAUUAUACCAUUUGUCAGAGACGUUCAAUUAUGUUACGAGCCUACUUGCUGGCCCCGAUGCCCUAUCAGAUGCCGCAAUCAUGAUCGUGGUGACUCUUGUCAGCCAAGAGCUGAUCAGAAAGGGAUACGGGAACCUCAGAGUCCAUCUUGAUGGCCUGCAGAAAAUGAUUCAGCUUCGUGGUGGCCUGCCCAAACUUGAAGGAAGUGUUGGACUAUUAAUGAAACUAUGCAAAGUAGAUAUUAUGCUUGCAAUUCAGCAUGGUGGGCCGCCAUUAUUCUUUAGAGAUUGCAUGGCCAAAGUACGGAAUAUCUUGGCACGCAAAAAGAUAGACUUCGAUGGCAAUGCUGCCACAUUGUGCCCGCAGCACGAUUUGCUAGAACCAUAUCUUCACGACAUAUUGGUGGAUAUGAUGGGGGCGACGUCGCUAUUCAACAGGGGCGUAAAACUCGAUUUGGAAACUCUUCAAGAGAUGAUAUUCUCGAUUGGAUACCGCCUCACACAGUUCCGCCCUUCAGAAGAAGAACGAAGACUAUGGCAGCUACAAGAUUCCUACCACACGGGCCUGACAAUAUUGACAAUGACUAUCUUUCUACAUGGUGGACGCCGCCAAAUUUUGGACUACGAACGCUUAGAUCGUCGACUGAAGGAAAUUCUUGACAGUGAUCUGGAAGAUCACAAUCCUGAACUCGCCCUCUGGCUUUUAAUUCUUGGUGGUGUUUGGGUGUCAGAUGGCUACGAUGAGCACUGGCUUCCACCAAGGAUACCGUCAAUUGCAAUGAGACUCAAUAUUCGCAGCUGGGAUGAAGUAUACACCAUCCUUGGUCAUUUCCCCUGGAUUCAUGUCUUGCACGAUGACCCGGGCCGUGCGUUAUGGGAUCGAUCGCACCAGGACGAGCUAAUGUCGAGCUGGAUAAUGUUGUGAAACCUAGUAUUUCAUCUUCAACUGUACUAAGUCUCUAUUUCCUCGAUUAUAUGGACACGAGGAGCCCAAAGGCUCAUAAUCUUAAAUAACCUCACCAAGAGAACUUUUCCUUCACCAGAUCUUCCGAUACCGCCCAGAGCCUCUCAGCCUCGCUGCUGGAUACAGCGAGGGGGUGUGCGGCAUUACUAAUUUGACAAUCAACUAGGAAAGAUCCGUAAUUCUCCUUGCCAUCGACGGUCUCACCGGGUUUCAGUUUGGGAUCCAGAGCAGCUACCAGCGAAGUUGAAGCUCCCGAGCCGAGGGUUUGGUAGAGAAACAUGCCCUUUUCUCUCAUGACUUCCAAGGCUGCCCGUUGUUCCUCAGUAAAGGCCCUGCCCAAAUCCGUUGGCAUGACACCAGGAUGCACGGCC